AUGAUCCCCGCUGUGCUUUACCGCCUCGACCAAUGCGCGAAGAACUACAAGCGCCAAGAUGAAUUUGUCGCGCGCUUCCUCACGGUCGAGGCCAACGUUCUCGGUUCUGAAUGGAUAGCACCGAGCGACGUCGUGGGCAACACGCGCAUGGACGCGGCCAACGACGAUCCGGUCUGCGUCGGCCAAUCGCGUUCGUCGCAGUCGUUCAAGUACACAAAGGACGAGUUCUGGAACAAGACGGCGGCGGUGCCGGCCGGGGCAAACCCUUAA